AUGCCAGGAUUCAAGGUACCGAGAAAUGGCAUGGGGUUUCUGACAUCGACGAGGAGUCUGUUCAACAAUGCUGAAAAGAUUAUUGAGUUCCGCUUCAAUGCCAUGACAAACUUGAUAGAGUAUCUAAGAUCGAAAAUCGCAAAGCAGGACAAGGUGAUUGAUCAAGCCAAACACGAAUUGAAACAAUUGAAAUACUACAAAUCGGAAAUGUAUGAAUUGGAGCAGGAAAAUGCAUACCUGAGAAGCAAGGUCCAUCAAAUGCAGCAACCAAGUCAAGAGUACUACCAUGAUUUUGUGUAA